UUUCUGUCAUCUUUAGCUUGAUAACGAACUGCUACCCAGCUCUCUUCGUCACUAGAGAAUUAUUCGGUAACAUCUUCAAUGGCCUCCAUAACCCUACAGCAGGAUCACGAUAUAUGAGGUCUUCCCUUAGUCAGUGGCAAGCCCGUCAUCACCGAGUGCCAUUGAUCGACCUUGUCGCAAUCAAGUGGCACAACUUCCAUGCAUCCAAACUGCUGCCCAAGUGAGCGGCCCUGAAAGCACUAAGACUAGUAGCUCGGUAUUUACUUGGGUUCCUAUCCCAGUCACGUGAGAUGCUCCGUCUAUUAGUAUUUCCUUAGCCCGAACUCUAUUUCGUCAAUGUACGUAGUCUCAAGUUUGUGAAACUUUACAACUUCAUUCCUACUUUACAGUUAAGAUUGCCCAAUUUUGUUGUGUACUUUCCGCUGCCAGAAAUAGCGUUUCAAUGGCUUCUCGCCAAUCUCGUUCAGGUCGUCAAGGCCCGGCUUGCCGUGCUUGCAGGCUAAGGAGACUGGCCUGUGACAAGGCGAGACCUUCAUGUGCUCGUUGCAGAGAAACGUCAAGAACAUGUUCUUAUGACCCAGACCGCCGACAGACUAGGACCGAGUACACUUUCGUCGACGAGACGCCUCAGAGCAUUUCCGGCCAUGCUGAGGCAGGUCCAUCAUCUCGGGUUCGAACCAGCUCAUCAAGAGGCUCAACAGAGCCGACUGUAGAACUUUCUUCGUCUAGACUAGCAGAGAUCGAGAGUAGACUUGAAGCUUUGACAGCAGCAGUCAGAUCGACAAGAUCAGAUGAGGUGCCCAUCAGCGGAUUAUCAGGGCUGAGCGCGCACCAAUCUAUGCCUAGCAUUGAGCCAUUAAAUGAGACUCAAUCUGUUGACGCUGUGGUAUCAAGCAUGGGUCGACUAAGCUUCCUUGGCAAUGGUCGUGCUAGAUUCGUCACUGGUUCUUUCUGGGCCAACAUAUGCGAUGAAGCUACGGCUAUCGACGAAAUGCUGAGAGAGCAAACUCGGUAUACUGGAGCUGCCAAAUUAGACGAUAAGCAUCUUUACACCUCGCUCGGCGACAACGAGUCAGGAAACUCAGAUUUCGUACAAACUGCUCCUGCAAGCUUGCAUGAUAUGUACCCUUACGGAGACAUACUGUCUGCAAUUGAUGAUUGGCACAGUGGGCCACCUUCCUCGCGUUAUCAAAGAGCCAUGCCAGAUAUAAUCGCAGAGUUGCCUCCCAAAUCACUUUGUGAUCGUCUAUUUGAGUCAUUUGUCCUCUUCUGUCAUCCAGUAGCACCAUUAGUUCACGUUCCUACUACUCGAACGGACUAUGAGUUAUUCUGGGAAGCAAGCACAGGAAGUAAGAGCGCUAGGACGGCAUUAUGCACCCCUCUGAUCACGGCAAUCUUGUUCGCUGGAGCCAAUGCUUGCGAGGAGUCUGUUAUCACUAGCAUCUCGGGCCGCCGUAAAGGCGAGGUGAUCGCUGAUCUGCAUCUCUUGACUGCCAAAACGCUGCGUUAUGCCAACUUCCCUAGAACUCCCACAAUCGAAUCCUUCAUCGCCUAUAUUACUAUCCAGAACACUUGUAUGAGAGAGGAACAGCCUUUAACCUGCUGCUCAUACGCAGGAACUGCGGUUCGUGUUGCACAGAUGCUUGGGUGCAACCGCGAUCCAUCCUCCCAUCCACUUCUAACGCCGAUUGUUGCCGAAGUCCGGCGGCGAGUAGUCUGGCAGGUAUUUUAUCUUGACACUUUGGUAGCAUUAGCAGCCGGACUUCCGCCUCUGAUCGAUACCGAAUCAUGGUCAAUACGCCUAGUGAGCGAGUUGAAAGACGAGUUUAUUGGUACAGCUGAAGGCGCAGCUUAUGAGGAACUUGUCAGAACGGGAGAACGAGCACUAGACCAAGCUAUCGAAAACUCUUUCGUACCUGCCUCGGGAAUUUUUGUUGCAGGGAAAUAUCAUCAAGCUGUUGUGACACGAGCAGUCAUGACGAAGCUCAACGGACAGCAGCCCUUGACGGAUAAGGUUCUCGUUGAUAUUCAGAACGAACUCGAGGCUUUGAAUACGAACAUAUCGUCCCGCCGGGAACGACUUGAGCAUUCUCAUAGCCAAGUACCGCAAGAUCCCAGUGACAUAUUUGCCAAGUGGGCGGGGCUGCUCCUCUCAGGUCUAGCAGAUAGGAAUUGGAGCUACCUGUACUACCCACUGUCGCAUGUAUCGGACGGGUCCAAAUGGCAAGAAACACUCGACCAAGUACUGCAACAUAGCCGUAGCUACGUCGAGAAGAUGGUAGCACUAACAUGCUUGAAAGAGUUCGGACCACUUCAGUGGUCGUGGCCUGGGAUCCAUCAACCUCUCCACGCCGUAAUGGUACUGGUCCGUCACGUGAACAGAUUCCCCCAUUCACCUCACUGCGAAGCCAACAGACAGGCAGUCGACGAAGCACUCGCACUUUGCGGCCCCGAUGGAGGAAUGACCGGUGUCCACGAAGGACGAGUGAAUCGUCGUCCAUUGAGAGAAGGCGGAGAAGCAGCCUGGGAUUUGAUACGUCGUCUGAGAGCACAGGCCUGGCUCAAGGCUGGCGUAGAUCCCGAUGUUCUGUUGACAAGAGAUGAAACCGCGGAAAGGAUGAAGAUGCGUCUAGCGGAUCAGGACAUUACUGGACAAUGGGCAGCAGAGCCUCAGUUUGAUUUUCAGAACCAGUUGGGGCUAUUGACUGAGGAGGAGCUUCUGGGUGCUAUUGAUCCAUCGAUACCGCUCGACGCGGAUAUGGAUUGGGCGCAAUGGGAGUGAAAUUGUCUUAAUGGAUUCAGACUUUUCCGAAUGGAUCCUCCUUGUUCCGCAAUUGCAUUUGUAAGUGUGGUGAUCAUAUCGUUGUUCACUUGGGUGUUCAGUAAUUUUGGCCACCGCUUGGGGUCGAAGGGAUGGUUGAUUCCAGAGGUCAGAAGAAAUAUCCUUAUGGACAUGAUAAGUAACUUGGGGGGUUGCGUAGGACUAGAUUGAAGAGACAGCAUAAGCAAGAGACGGCUGGCCGCAAGGCCGAGAAGGUCAAACGAAUCAAGAUUGGGAAUUCGCUU